AUGAAGUAUCUCUCCCGCCUCACCUCCCUCAUGAAGUCUCCCUCCCGCCUCACCUCCCUCAUGAAGUCCCCCCCUCACCUCCCUCAUGAAGUCUCUCUCCAGCCUCACCUCCCUCAUGAAGUCCCCCCCCUCACCUCCCUCAUGAAGUCUCUCUCCCGCCUCACCUCCCUCAUGAAGUCUCUCUCCAGCCUCACCUCCCUCAUGAAGUCUCUCUCCAGCCUCACCUCCCUCAUGAAGUCCCCCCCUCAUCUUCCUCAUCAGGUAUCUCUCCCGCCUCACCUCCCUCAUGAAGUCUCUCCCCCCUCACCUCACUCAUGA